GCUAACAAGAAGAGAAGCAAUUUGGAUUUCUGCUCCUUUCCCCGAUUGUAAAUAAAUUAAUCCCCUUCCAUUAGAGUCUUAAUUUGAUUUUCAUGGAUUAAAACAUACAAACAUCCCUUAUCCAUUUUCACAAAUGGAGAAAUGCAGCCAGAGAAGCAAGAUUCAGCAUUGGAGUUGGGUCUCCUUUAUCCGAAACGCUUGGAUUUGGGAAUUAUUUUGGAAUAUGUUCGAUAUUUGGGAAUUUUUGCAUCUAUGUUUCGUAUACACUUUACACACAUAGCCUCAAAGUAAUUUUAAUCAUACGAAAUAUAUUAGGAUUUUGGAAUUAUUUGCAUCUGCGUCGCGAAUAUUGUCUUGAUAAUGGGACCCAAGUCUAAACAUGCAAUUCAUUGACGCUUCCUAUAAUGCAACCCAUACACAUAAAGUCAAGCCACGCCCCCGACAGCCAUAUGGCCACGCCCACUCUGAUCCAGAAGCAGGAUUUGGACCCUGGGCCGCCGUCCGGCGCGACUGCGCAGUUCCUCCUCCAUGGUGCCAGGGGGCGCUUGGCUGGUGCUGCUUUUUGGCCUGUCACAUUGCCGGCCGCCGGACGAAGAUACAGAUGAGGGCCAAGUCUCGGCCCCACCAGAGCUGGUGGCCAUGAUCCCUGCGGCCGUCCAAUCCACGCUGGCCGCGGGGUACACCCACAGCCAAGAUCAGACCACCACAUCCGAGCCUGUGCCCCAUGCGCCCUCUGCGCCCCCUGCGGCUCCUGCAGCUCCUGCGGCCCCUGCACCCCCUGCGACCCAUGCAGCUCCUGCGGCUCCUAUGGCCCCUGCGGCCCCCACGACCCACACCAUCCCCGUGGCCACCAUCGUCAUAAGCACCCCCAGUGUCCCAGCACCGCCGAAGCAGUCCUUCCUGAUCGUGGGCGACACUCGCUAUGCUUGGCAGGAGUGGAGCGAGUGGCAUUGCAACUGCGGGUCCGGGACCAUGUCGCGGGUGCGGGACAUCACCUACUCGGUGCCCGGGGUGCGCCUCGACCCGGUCCAGUAUGACAUCCUGCGCUUCGAGCGGGUGGUCUGCAGCUACAAGGCCUGCGAGUGCGACCGCACCAAGCAUCAGUGUGACCACUUGCAGGCCUCCUGCGACCGGGGGCCCAUGCACCUCUGCGCCCUCCACGACAUCGAACAGGACCAGACCCGGAAAAGGCAGCGCUUCUGGUCCAAGGUCCACAAGGGGCUCAAGGACCUCUGGCAGAGCAUCAGGGAGACCUUCCCUCCCAGGCCGAAGGUCUCUCAAGAAAAGAACAAACCGUGAGUCGAAGGAAGCCCCAAGCGAUAUAUAUACUUUUGGAGCAUCCCGUGCAAGGCUGGCGAUAUCAUGCAUGCUUCUAGUCCCUAUUAUUCCGGAUCAUUUUCCUCUCCUCUUCUGGCUUUGAUUCUUCCAGAGACAAAAUUGCUCACCUGAAAAAUGUCCGUGGUUCAGGAUGGAGAAGGUCCCCACCGAACCCUGGAAUGGACCCCAAAUCUUGCAGAGGAG